UGUUAAAACUUGUUAAAUUAUUUUGGAAUACGAAAUAGAAAUGAAACCUUUAAUAGACAUUGAUUCAUUACGUACAGAUCAUGAAUCGGACGAACAAUGGGAAGUACGUAAAAGUUUUAUGUUAGAACACAAGGACAGUUUCGAUGAGGCUGAACUGAUAACUUUGGCUCAAUUAUUCACAAAUAUAGAGUUUUUAGGAUGCAGAUACCCACCAUUAACCAUGAAAAGGGUAGCAAAAUUAGCUGAAAAGGUAUCAAAGAAAUACAAAGAGAGUAGGAAAAAUAAACUGAAAAGAACAUUUGUACAAGCCAGCGAUGCCGCUGAACAGAAAGCCAAAAGAACUUUCAAAUAAUUAGUUUUUCAUA